CUUUGCUGCCCUGAAUUACGCGACCAAUGGGAGUCACCCAUGGGCGGGGCUUGAGUGUUUACCGUCUCGUUGACUGUUUAUCGUUUGGUAUGUUGACAAGAUGGAGUUCUUGCUGGGAAACCCAUACAGUACUCCAGUGGGACAGUGCAUUGAAAGGGCCACAGAUGGCUCACUACAAAGUGAAGACUGGGCCUUGAAUAUGGAAAUAUGUGACCUAAUCAAUGAAACCGAAGAUGGGCCUAAGGAUGCUAUAAAAGCUGUGAAGAAGAGGCUUAAUGGUAAUAAAAACUACAGAGAGGUCAUGCUUACGCUGACGGUUCUUGAGACAUGUGUAAAGAACUGCGGGUACCGGUUCCAUGCACUCGUCACCACCCGGGACUUCAUUGAUGGCGUUUUGGUGAAAAUCAUAUCUCCUAAAAACAACCCACCUGCCAUAGUGCAGGACAAAGUGCUAGCUUUGGUACAGGCAUGGGCAGAUGCCUUCAGGAGUAGUCCAGAUUUGACUGGAGUAGUCCACGUCUAUGAAGAAAUGAAGAGGAAGGGUAUAGAGUUUCCUCAAUCUGACUUGGAGACCCUGUCCCCCAUUCACACACCACACCAGCUGCAAAGUGCACCAGAGAUGGACCAGCAGAAAUAUAACGCCCCAGUCCAGCCCAAGCCACAGCUUCACCCUGCCUCCGCUCCUCCGUUUACUGCCCCUGUGACUCACACUUCCCCACAGAUGCCCAAUCUGCACAUAUCUGGACCCAUCAACCCUUCCCCUGAACAGAUCUGCAAGCUGCGCAGUGAGCUGGACAUUGUGCGUGGGAACACUAAGGUCAUGUCAGAGAUGUUGACUGAGAUGGUUCCUGGUCAAGAGGAUCCAUCCGAUCAUGAGCUUCUGCAGGAGUUAAACAGAACAUGCAGGGCCAUGCAGCAGAGGAUCGUUGAGCUCAUCUCACGCGUGUCCAAUGAGGAAGUCACAGAGGAGCUCCUGCACGUCAACGACGACCUCAACAACAUCUUCCUUCGAUAUGAGAGAUACGAGAGAUUCCGAUCUGGCCGAACUGCUCAAGGCGUAAACAAUGGGGUCCUGAACGAGGCGACAGAAGAUAACCUGAUUGAUCUGGGACCAGGGUCUCCUGCGGUGGUCAGCCCCAGGAUCAGUGCUACUCCUCCAUCCAACUUUUCUCCCUCUCUGGCUCCAGUUCGCUCCGCCUCUCCAGCCACACUCUCUUCCAGACUGGCUGGUUUGGAUGUUGGUUCUGACAGUGUGAGUGGCACACUGAGCUCUCUGACUACCGGUCAAACCCAAGAUGACUUUGAAAUGUUUGCUCAGACCAGGAGUGGCGCCAUUCCUGAGAGAAAGAAUACACCAUUCGAAGACACAAAGGCUUCAAGUGGAGUGGCCCCGACUUUGGAUGUCAGACAACAACCAACUGGGGCAGCUCUUGACCAGUCCUCUGUCAUGGAUGACAUUGAGGAGUGGCUCUGUACUGAUGUGAAAGGAGAUGAAGGAGAGGAGGGUGUGACCAGUGAAGAGUUUGACAAGUUUCUAGAGGAGAGAGCCAAAGCAGCAGAGGUGGUUCCCCCACUGCCGACACCUCUGAGUGACGAGCUUUCUGCUGGCCCCGGCGCUUCUGCCAGUGCGAGUAAAAAGGCUGGCAGGUCCGAAGACUCCCUCUUUGCCUUGUAGAUAAGUGUCAGAUCCUCUGGGGCAGCCCAGCACUGCUCAUGUGGCAGUGGUGUGUCAGCCGCUUUGCAGAUCCAUCAGCGUCUCUCCUCUCUCUCCUGCUUCCUGCUUCUCCAGCACAAUCAACACUAUCACAGCCGAAGUGAUCAGAACUGUUUCAUGAUCUAGAUAUUUUCAUACUCUAUCAAGUUUUCAUUCCAUUGAAAAUGCUGUAGAAGAUCCACUCAUAACUCUCUUAAAGCAUACCGUUUCUUGUAGGAUCGAGAGGUCAAUGACUAUUUUUUUAAUUGAUGUUUGUGUUAUAAAGCAAAGAAAAUUAUUGUAAAGUCUACUACCACAUCUAAUCAUGUCUAAUUUUGUGUUCACCGUGGUCCUGCAUGCAACCCGCUGAAUAAUCCUAUUUCUCUUUCCUCAAGAACAAUCUGUAAAGGGAGCUAAUAAUUGUUUUGUUUUUUUACUUGAAGAUUUGCUUUAAAGGGAUGUUGUACGUAGGAUUAUUUAUUAUAAAAUCUCUACAAUAAGAUAAGAUACACCAUAACAAAAAGCAAAUGUAAGGCUUUUGUGUCAUAUUAUCAGAAAUGAGUACCAGUGACUAAAUGACAGAACUAUUAGAGAGAGAGAAAGAAGUUUUCAGUGAUUUAUUUGAUUGAAAACACAUUUUGCUAAUUGAAUAUUGAACUGACUUAGGCUAAAUGACAGAAGUGACAUCUCUUGUCUGCAGAGCUCACAUCAGAGGAAAAAGAUAUUAUAAAUAUUUCCUUGCAUACUUUUAAAUGUUAUUAUUUUACUAGGCAAAACCAUCACCUAUUAGAAAGGAUUUAUAGGAACAAAAGUUUGUAUUUCAAUUGAAUUUGCACUGAAAGAAUGCUUCGCCUUUCGGCUGUUAAAAGAGCUUUUGUUCAAAUACAAAAUUUCAGCUGUCGUUCAUUUCACUUCUGUCUACUACGAGGCCGAAAACAAAUGGAGUUUCCAGAGAACUGAUGGUGACUGCGAGGCAGUUUAAAUUAGAUUUUACAUUGCACAACUGCAGCUGAAGUGGUGUCGAGCUUAAUGCUAUUAUUGGGAAUGAAAUGGAUCUGCCUUAAAUAACAGUUUGUUGGUAGUUUUAGGUGUAGUCCACUAAUGGUCAUUUAACCUUUGGUACUCUCAUGUUUGCACAUCCCAGAUUUGAUUUAGUGAGGUGAAUGUGCUGGUGUUAUAUCUUUAGUUCGAGUGGUGUGUCUCGCUGUUGUGUAUAUACUGUUUUGACGGACCAAAUGUUUAGCCUCAGCAAAUAAUUUAAGCAUAGAGUCAACUAACUUAAGACAUAUAUUGCUUUUGACGUCCAGAGGAGUUUUAGUUGUGUUUGUAUUUGAGAUUUCAUUUAUCAUACAGGUGAGCACAAAUCAAAGGGACAGUGCACUUUUGCAUGGCUAAUAAUUUUAUAUGAUUUGUCACACUACACAAAAUAUGUGUCACAGAUGAAAACAAUCCCAGAUCUGUUGAGGAACUAAGCUUUGGGCCUCUUGCACUCCGAAUUUCAGGUUGAAAACGGUUGGAUUUCGAGGAUCGCCGCCUUUGGCAGAAUUAUUGGGAGUUCAUUAUGCUGUGUCUGUGUACUUUACAGUUGCUGUGUCUGUGUACUUUACAGUUACCACAGAACUGUGGUGGAGCUUUUGAAACUAUUUAAGGGAAAGCGUUUAGGGAGCUACGAAAAGCCCAAGUCCUUUAUCAGGUGACAAUGAUAUGUUGUCUGUUAGAUAGUUAUUCUGAGAAGAGCUGAGAAGAAAUACAAGGAUCGAUGUAGCAGGGAAUGCAGCUUGAUUAUGAACAAGCAUUAAUACUAAAAUAUUAUGACAACUGUCUAUUUCUGUUGAUAAUAGGAGAUUUGAGGGACAUGAUUGGGGAUCACAACUGACUAGUUUCUUUCAUGAGAUCUGCAUCUCCUCCUAUAUUACUUGUAUGUACACUACACUCAAUGAAAAAAAAAAACAGAUUUUACCUCUCAUGGAUGUUAACCAUCCCAUUUAAAUGCUGUUGUUGUUGUUUUUGGCACUGUUGCUGCUGAAAUAAUCUUGGAUAGAAAUACGUUAUUUAACUGAAGUAGAGUUAUUUAUCAGUUUAUCAGCAUCUACUUUCAAUUUCUCAGCAAUUGUGCAAUUUCAUCACUUAAUGCUGCACUACGGUUUGAUUUCAUUUGAAAUGGUUUUAGCUGUAAAUGAGUCUCAUUAAUGUACAGUUUGAGAAAGCAGAACGCAUUUAUUUAGUCUUUUUUUUUUCUUUUUUUUUUUAAGUCAGUAUUGGUUACUUGCUGUAUAUUAGAAUGAAGGGACUGUAAAGAUCGAAAUCAUAAGUUUGAAGUUUCCACUUUUUUCAUUGCAGUUGAAGUGGAAAUGUUUUACUGACUUUUUGCAAUCAGACAAGAAUUAUCCCCAGCAUAUGGUCAGGUUAUGCCAAUGUCUUUUGUACCAUUGAGAGCUUUUUAGGAAUGGCACUUUUCUUCUCUUUGAUAUGUGUUUGGAGUGUGUGUGUGUGUGUCUAUGUAUAUGUGUGAACAACAGCUCCCAAUAUCCUGAUGUCUGCUGCAGAAACCGUGUUUAUCUUGUAUUUACCAAGGGACGGGAAGGAGAGAAUCUAGCUUUCCGAAAUGACAGAUCUCGAUAAAAAAACUUUAGUGUGUGUGAGAGAGAGUGUAUGAGACAGUGAGUGUGUGAAGGACUGGAAUAAGCUGUACUCUCUUAACCGGUGAUCAUUUCUGUGGUCAAUCUUGGUUUUACAGAUUGUACUGGUGUUGCUCUGUGUGCUACCCUGUUGUUAUGCCUCAAGCUGCUCUCUGUACUGUUUGACUCAUGCAUGUGUUGAACUCCAAUAAAACAUACCAAGAUGGUGAUCUGUUACCA